AUGGGAACACGUUGGUAUCAUUUACCAAUUGGAUUAGGCAUUUAUGUACCAUUUCAAAUAUUUUAUCGUUUAUUUUGUAUGUUAUGUGCAUUGAUCUAUUUUCUAUUAUUUUGUUUACGACAACCAAUAAGUACAUGCUUACGAACACGUUAUAGUAGAAAUGCUUCGCCAACAUUAAUUACUAUACGAUUCUCUCAUUUUUGUGAAAAAGCAAGAUGGGCACUUGAUCUAUUGCAACAUGCAGCAGCGAACAAUGAAAAUGAAAGAUACAAAUAUGUCGAAUGUUAUCGUUCAAUUCUCACGCAUAUGGCGACUUCAUUAUGGCAUACAAAGGGAUUUUCAUCUAGUACACCAAUUUAUAUAACAAAAGAGAAGAAUGUUUUAAAAGAAUCAUCAUUAAUCAUGCAUUAUGUUAGUGAUGAAUUAUGUAAACUAGGAAAAUCGACAUUGUAUCCAACACCUGAAGUCGAAAAACUUGUCAAUUAUUUUGAUGAAACACUUGGUGUUCAUGCACGCCGAUAUAUUUAUUGGUUAAUGUUUGCUUCUGAUAAAAAUACAUCUGAAUUACGUCAGUGUUGGUUACGAGGUACAACAGGACUUGAAAGAUGGAUUCAACGUCAUUUUCCUGGCUCUAUUCAAGCAUUAGCUACGGUCGGAAUGCAAAUUCAUGAACAACCAAGUUUAAUGUCAAAACAACAUGUUGAUGAAGUUUUUGAAAAAGUGAAUCAAAUGUUGGAAAAACAUGGAGAAUUAUAUCUAUUGAAUACGAAUUCUCCAACAGCUGCAGAUAUCACAUUUGCAUCAUUGGCAUAUCCAAUGAUAUUUCCACGACAAUGUGAUGAUUUAGUUUUCGAAUAUGAUCAAAAUCGAAUGAGCCGAGAAUUAUACGAUCAAAUUACCACUUAUCGUUCGCAACGUGCAGGAAAAUUUGUUCUACGAAUGUAUGAACAACAUCGAAUUACUGAUCGAGUUCAACCAAUGCCUUAG